AGUAAAGUCACUUAAAAGUCAGCAUUACCAUUGAAAAAAGUAAAUUCAAAAUUAAUAAUGGAUAAAAGGAGAUGUGGGAAAAGUCGUAGUUGAAGCUGCAAAGAAAAGUUUUGCAAAAACAGCAAAAGAAGUUGUGAAGAAAGGAAUAGAGAACAUUCUCUUCGUUUUUCUCACCGAGCCAAUAAAUGUUAUAAAAUAAGGACAAGUUUUUUUUUCUUCUCGAGAACUGUACUGAAAUAUUGAAUUGUGAAUUGAUUUCCUGAUCACGAGCAAAUUAUGAAAACGAGAAACACUUUCUGGUUAAUAUGCAGCGGAGUUCUAUUUCAUAUGGUCGACUCGGCGCUAAUGCACAAUCAAAAUGUGAUGAAACGUUGUCGAUGCCUAACAAACGAAUUCAAUGAUAAUAACAUUGUUGGCGCACAAACGGUAUGUAAUUCGAAGACAAAUCUUCGUGAUUUUUUCCGAGACCGAGAAGAUUUGCUUAAAUAUGAAGCAGAAACAAGUUUUGCGGCUGAGAUUAAACUCACCGACAACGAACAGCUUGCGAACAAAAUUAUUAUGAAAGCCAAAGAGGAUGAAUUUCAAGCGGGUUUAUUCCAGCCACACCAAUUCAAUCCAUCACGUCAUAUUUUCGAAGUUUUGGAUGCCAUCAAACAAUCGAAACUGUUUCAAAUCAUACAAAAAAUGCCAAAGGGUGGCAUUUUACAUACGCACGAUACAGCUUUCUGCUCCAUAAGCUGUGUGAUUUCAUUAACUUAUUGGUCGAAUUUGUGGCAACGGACGUCAAUCAACAACAGCAAUGACAUUUUGGAAUUUGUAUUUUCGCGUGAUAAACCCAAGAAAAAACCAGACGAUAACGAUUCGUCAUGGCGUCUCGUCAAAGAUGCCCGAUCUGAAAUUGGUGCCAAGAAAUAUGAUGAAAAUUUACGUAAACUAUUCACUCUAUCCGACAAAAAUGUUAAUCCACGUAUACAAUUCAAGGACGCUAAUGACGCAUGGAAUCAUUUAACUGGUCUAUUUACUAAAUUAGAGCCCAUUCUUACAUAUGCACCAGUUUUGAAAGCCUAUUACAAGCAUGCACUCACAGAAAUGCAGGCGGACGGUGUUCAAUAUAUGGAAUUCAGAGGUCUCUUGACCAAGCUCUACGAUUUGGAUGGUAAUAAAUACAAUGAAGAGGAUAUAAUGGAAAUGUAUGUUGAAGCAUUGGAUGAAUUCAAGCGUGAUAAUCCAUCGUUUAUUGGCUCGAAAUUCAUAUAUUCACCACUCAAGAAAAAGUAUAAUGAGACGAUAGCCAAAUCUUUUGACAUCGUUCGUCGACUGCAUGCGAAAUUUCCACAAUUCUUGGCCGGUUUCGAUUUGGUUGGACAGGAAGACAAGGCUCCUGCUUUAGUUUCAUUUGCCGAAAAGAUUUUACAGUUGCCUGACGACAUAAAACUCUUUUUCCAUGCCGGUGAAACAGCGUGGUUUGGCAGUGUUGAUGAAAAUUUGAUUGAUGCAGUUUUACUGGGAAGUCGUCGAAUUGGUCAUGGUUAUGCAUUGGCUAAACAUCCAAAAGUAAUUGAUCUUGUCAAAAGCAAUGAUAUUGCGGUUGAAGUGAAUCCAAUCUCAAAUCAAGUACUCAAACUUAUUGAAGAUUUUCGUAAUCAUCCAGCGUCAGUGCUUAUGGCAUUAAAUGUGCCCAUUGUUGUUUCAUCUGAUGAUCCAUCUUUUUCGGAGGUGUUACCGUUGUCUCACGACUUUUACAUUGCGUUUUUGGGAAUUGCAUCGCGUCACAGUGACUUGCGAACUCUUAAGAAAUUCGCAAUCAAUUCUAUUCAGUACAGUUCACUAAACGAUAGUGAAAAAACAGUAGCAUUCGCCAAGUGGCAAGUCAAAUGGGACACAUUUAUUGAAGACGUUGUACAAAAUCAACAAAAAUUUAAAUAAAAAUAAUUUUGAAAUGUAAUAUGUCAUUCCACACAAAUUAUGAAAUAAUAAGUAUCUAUUUUUUAUCGGAAAAAGAAAAUAUUCAAAUAAAGACUACUAUUACUUCUACAA